GAUAAAACUGGAAAUGAACCAUUUCGUUGCAUUUAAGAGCCGAAACCCUAGGGACCUUUGUACUCUCCUCAGCGCCAUCCACACUCAGUAGAGACCAAGCCUGCUGUGCCGCCGUUUCUUCUGCGAGCACUUUGCAUUCACAAGGAUGGUGAGAGUUAGCGUCCUGAAUGAUGCUCUCAAGAGCAUGUACAAUGCAGAGAAGAUAGGAAAACGACAGGUCAUGAUCAGGCCAUCCUCAAAAGUGAUAAUCAAGUUUCUUCUUGUCAUGCAAAAGCAUGGUUACAUUGGAGAAUUUGAGUAUGUUGAUGAUCACAGAUCUGGAAAAAUUGUGGUUGAAUUGAAUGGAAGACUGAACAAAUGUGGGGUUAUUAGUCCCCGUUUUGAUGUUGGGGUGAAAGAGAUCGAACCUUGGACGGCAAGACUGCUCCCCUCCCGACAGUUUGGGUACAUUGUGCUGACAACGUCCGCUGGCAUUAUGGAUCACGAAGAAGCAAGGAGAAAGAAUGUUGGUGGCAAAGUACUUGGCUUCUUUUAUUGAAAUGAGUUACAGAAAUCUGUUUUUGGAGUUUUUGGCUUGGCGCAAUACUUGUUCCUUUAAAAAAUAACAGAAGAAUUAAUUCUAUGCAGUAAUAUUGUUUUUAGGAUUUGGGAUAAUAUUUUAAGCAUUUGGUUUUGAUUUGCUGUUCUUUUGCAACACAUUUUGAGAGAGAUAAUUGUUUGCUAAAAUCUUUCACUCUUUACAGAGAAUGUUGUUUUGUAAAAGAGGUUUCAUUUAAGAAUACUCUUUUGUUUUUAGGCUCCUAUUUGUUCAAGAAGUGUGAAUUGUGAUUUUGCAAAA